AUCUAAUACAAAAUUAGAAAAUAUCAUCAACGAAUUCAGAAAUAAUUUGGACAGAUAUCAAGAAGACAUUACUGCAUCUAAAGGUAAAAUUAGAGAAUAUCGUGAAAUUCUUCAUAAAACAGUACUCCAGAUCAAUAGGGUACGAAUGGGUAGGAUCCCAGCAUAUAGCAAACAAGCGCAACAGUGUUCUUUAUGUAAUAAGCAAUACGUAUUUAUUAAAUGGUGUAAGUUUUGUGAUCGUGAACA